ACCCCAUCGUCUCCAUGCUUCAUACAGUCAUCGGCCAUCACCCCGUAUGCUUCCAUACUUUCGGGGAGCGAAAUCGAUAAUCUGAACCAGGAUGACAUGAGGCGACACCGGCUGUGAUGGGUGUCUCGACCAAGCCGAUCCCCGCCCUGUACACCGUCUACGUCCUACGCUCGACCGUGAGACACGCCUCUCUGUAUAUCGGGUCCACGCCCAACCCGCCCCGACGACUGAAGCAGCACAAUGGCCAAGCUCGCGGGGGCGCGGCUCGUACGUCGCGUGAUAGCCUGCGACCCUGGGAGAUGAUUGCGCUGGUGUCGGGGUUUCCGAGUAUGGUAGCCGCGCUGAAGUUUGAAUGGGCGCUCAACAACCCGCAUCUCUCACUACAUAUACCCAGCGAAUCGCGCAUUUCACGAGCAACGGGUGUCAAACGCAACGGCGCACCCAAACGGCCCCGACCAGCCGUCGGCUCUAUCAUGUCUAAUUUGCAUUUGCUUCUCCGGGUCCCUAGUUUCGAGCGCUGGCCUCUACGGCUACACCUUUUUGCACCGGCAGCGCAUGCGGCGUGGGAGGCGAGCUGUGCGACAGCGGACGGGGCCAUGCGACGAGAUUUACAGGUCGUGACAGACUUCGGCCCUGAAGGGAAUGGUGGGAAGGGCGCGGCGUCCGGCGAUAAGACGCAGGGGGACGCGGCAUCUGUCGCCUCUUCUGUGGGGUGGGAUUCAGGUGCUGCCGGACGGGGCAUUGACGCCCUGGCGCUAGAUUACGCGCCGAUCAAGGAAUAUGUGGAGAAAGCCCAGUCCAUAUUCACGUUCGAGAGGGAAGGGGUUUGUAUUAUCUGCAAGGAAGAGCUGGAGCAUGGCAACGGGUCAUAUGCGGUGUGUUCCGCGUCGGGGUGCGAAGGGGUUGGGCAUUUGACCUGCUGGAGCCGACAUUUGCUCGGUCAGGACCAGGAAGGGAAAGAGGCCGUGAUACCCGUGCAGGGACAUUGUCCGUCUUGCCUUGGCGAUGUCAAGUGGGAUGAUAUGAUGCGAGAGCUCACUCUGCGGAUUCGGGGCUCGAAAGAGAUUGCCAAGUUGCUGAAACCAACGAAACGGCGGUCGGCCAAGGCGUGAUGAAAAGUUAUUGGACAAGAAAUGGCUUUUCCUUGGGGUUUCUGGUUUGACUUGUUACCAUGCGAGGUCUUGUUUCCUAUGUUAUGGCGUGUCCCUUCGGCUCUGUUCGUAUUCUGUUCUGAUGUCGAGCACUGCUGUACUUAUUAGGUGAGGUAGUGGCUAUAACGCUGUAUCAAGUCAUCCCGAUCGGGUGGUUGCACGACAUGCACCACGGAUAUCGGUACUUCAUACUUGGUGCAAAAUGUUUGAGAGACGACAACCAUGUGAGUGGACCAAGUUCAACGUCGUGGAUCGCUGAUUGGCUCGAAAGGCGAAAGGAAUUAUGGACCCUUGGCUUAUGAGCUAUGGAUAUCAAAAGGGCAAAAUUGUCAGGUCAAGUCGCAAAUACAUGCGGA